UUGAUGUUGAAAUGUUAAAUGGUGAGUUUAGGCUAGUGACUUCCCAAUGAUUCUGAAUAGCAUUUACCCUGCCUGGUCUGCUCACCUUUUGUUUUUCUUCUUCCAGAUCCAGGCCCUCUAUUUCACAGAAGGUGUUGGUGUUGUCACUACAACCUCACAAUGUUCCUAGUUCGUGUUCAAUUAAAAAAAAUGAACAUCCACAUCAGAUAGUUAGUUAGGCCAGUAACUAUUUAAAUAGACAAAACAUAUUCUGUAUCACGUUUAUGUCUGCGUGCAGCGCAACGUUUGACGCCGUGGUUGGUCCUCGCUGACGCUGCUGUCAAAUGGCAACUGCCAACGCUCAAGAAGGAAACUCCUCCCUGUUGACAGCACGUUCCGUCCCCUUCUCAGCGCAAUGGUUUCUUGGAUAAUCUCUAGACUUGUGGUGCUUGUAUUUGGCACACUAUAUCCUGCAUACUCCUCAUACAAAGCUGUCAAGUCAAAGGAUGUGAAGGAAUAUGUGAAAUGGAUGAUGUACUGGAUCAUAUUUGCACUAUUCACCACCAUGGAAACCAUCACGGAUAUAUUUAUCUGUUGGGUUCCUUUCUAUUAUGAGCUGAAGAUUGCCUUUGUGGUAUGGUUACUGUCUCCUUAUACAAAGGGGUCUAGUGUUCUAUACAGGAAGUUUGUUCACCCGACACUAUCUUCAAAAGAGAAGGAUAUUGAUGACUAUCUCUGCCAAGCAAAGGACAAAAGCUACGAUACUCUGGUGACUUUUGGGAGGAAAGGUUUGAACGUAGCAGCCACAGCUGCAGUCCUGGCAGCGACAAAGAGCCAAGGAGUACUGUCAGAUAGACUACGAAGUUUCAGCAUGCAUGACUUGUCCGCCUACCAGUCCGACCCAACUGAGUUGGACUCUGGAUCUGUCCCGAGUCAGUCUGCAGCUGGACAACAGAGGGCCAGGACCAUGAUGCGCAGCAAGUCAGAGAGUGGCUACACCAAGGCCUCCUCCUAGGGACAUAAGACCUCUCACAAGAUCCAGGACUGCCCAGCUGCCUUCAAACAGAGAAGCCAUGUGAUUUUGUGUGAACGCUCCCAAGACCACUUUAGCUGCAAGGAGAAGAGGGUAAAUAAGGAAAUGUGGCUAAAAGCUAAAUGCAUAAAGCAGCCUUGUUUUAGAAUAAGGAAACCAAAGUGACUUGUGACCCUCUAUCUUAAUAUAUAUGACAUCUGGCACAUACUGUACAGUAAAGGAGACACUUGGUGGGUGCCAUCAAGGUAGCACUCAAGAGUGGGCUCCAUACCUUACAGACAUUUGGAUUGACUUGUCGGUCAUUGAAUAUGUUUUUGUAUGUAUGUAAAGUGUGUGUAUUUAUCAUUUAGUUUUUUUAUAUACUAUGUUUAGAGACAAAUGCAUGUAUGUGUCUCUGGUCAUUAGUGUCAUAAAACAGAAUGUAUUGUUACUUACAU